AUGAGCAGUUCAUUCUCGUCGACUUUACCCAGGUAAUUUUAUUUGACUAUAUUUAAAACACGUCUACUAUAAUAUAUCAUCCCUUUCAGAAACAGCUCUGCCUAUGGAUCCAGAUCGAGUUUAUCAAGCCUUGGGAAGAACCCAGUGAGUUCUCCUCUUGGCUCAUCAAGAUUUGCAUCUACAUACACCUCGAGAAAAACUUUUAGCCUUGGAUCAGGUAAGUCAAGUAAUGUAUUUAUUAUAGUCAUCGUGUCCUUGUUAAAUCCUUUGCUGACUUGUUUGUUUCUUGACCUCGUAAAUAUUUAGAUAUGAGUAAAUCGCUGACAGAAACAAAAUCAUUUCCAUCUUCUUCAUACAACCUAAACAACAUAUCUUCAAGCACUUAUGGUUCCAUUUCUUCGUAUAAAAGAGACACCCCAACUUCCAGAGAUGCUACAAAUGUUACAAGAACUCCUUCCGAAUACUCAUCAACCUACUCUUUAAGAGAUUCCACCAAGGAUGUCCGAAGAGACACGACGCUGACACGAUCAAGGGACUUCUCGGUAAACCGAAGCCUUGGGACAAGAGAUUACUCUACUACAAGAUCUCUGAACAAAAAUAUAUCCCCAUCCAGAGAGCCUCUUCAAAAGGAGAUUGGAAGCAGAGAUGCUUCCAUCAUGGGAAGAUCCCUCUCUCAGCUGGAUAAGACCUUCAGAUCCAUCAAUAAUCCUCCAUCUUUGACUCAGUCAAUGACUUCAUACAGUACUACGAAUAAAAAUGAUAUGUUUGUACAUAAGACUCAACCAAAACUCCGGGUUUCUUUCGCCGAUCUCCGAAGCGAUGACAAGAUGUUUAGAAGUCACCGGGAAGAAAGAGUAUCACCAUCCAGAAACUACCACAAUCGAGGUUCGGAAGAUAAUCUGACCAGUAUUCUGAAGGAGACCAAAGUUGAUUACUCGAGGAGAAAUGAGGAGCAUUAUAGUGGAAGCAGUGACAACUUAAAGAGCAUUUUGAAAGGCCCAGAAAAUCAAAGGACUGAAGAAAAAAGAGGAUUCAGAAGCAGUGCCGCAUUCGACAUUAAACCUGACGAGAAAAAUGAUUACAAAUCCAAUACCAGACUUAGAUUUAAUACACCUGAUCAGGAUCCGGAUAGUGGAGGGGUAUACAGUUCGACACAGAGCCUUAACGCAGCUAGAAAUUCCGGGAUAAAUACGGAUUUCUCCGGCAAAAGACUUCCGGAAAAUAAGGAAGAGAGAAAAGAAUACCUGAGAAGUCUCAAAGAACAAUUACUCCAUCGAGACAGUGAUAUUAAGAAUAGUAUCAGUAUAGCUGACAGUUACAAACACACUCGGUCUCCAUCCCCUCAACGAACAACCUUCAGGAAGAUCGAAUUCAAAGAAGAAAAUGCGAAAUUAACCCGGACUCUCAUCAAUCCGGCAUCCACGUUGGAGAGAAUAUCUAUAAUAUUACCCAUCGGGAACGUUGCACACAUCAAGAGAACCAUGAAUGAAGUGAAGAAAAGCCCAGUCUCCAGAACCCCCGUCAUCGAUUCCCUGCCCACUGUUCCAAGUACGUUCGCUGUUGUCUUUAGUUUAUGACUACUAAUUUCAGUCCAAAUCCCCAUGAAGAAACCCGCGGGUCCUUCUCCUUUACAGAAAAUCCUCAGAAUGGCCGAUUUCAAUCAAAAGAAUUUCCAACAAAGAGUCAAAGAAGUGGAAGAGAAAAAGAAAAAAGAAGAACAAAGGAAAAUAGAAGAAGAAAAGAUUAGAAAAUCAAAAGAGGAGGAGAUGACGAAGAUCAAGGAGAGAGAAGAGAGACAGAGAAAAAGUGAAGAAUUGGAGAAAAAGAAAAAAGAAGACGAAGAGAUAAGAAAGAUCAAGGAAAGGGAAGAGACGCAGAGAAAAAGAGAAGAAGAAUUCUUGAAGAAAAAGAAAGAAGAGUUGGUCAAGAAGAAGGAAAAGGAGCGGCAGAAGAUGGGAGACAUAAAAUUACCACCACCUAAUCCAGCAAUGGCACCGGAUUAUACAAAACAUAAUAAGGAUGAUAUAAAAAAGUCAUUGAAGGCCACCUCAACUAUAUCAGCCAGUACUGAGUCGAAUAAACCGACAAAACACACAUCGACGACGGCUAGCAAUAAGUCGUCGAAUAAUAGAUCCUUCCAAACUACUAGAGAGAAUAGCAAGGGAGGAAGCAGUAAAUCAAGUCGAUCAUCACCAGAAGAAAAUCAAGAAGAAGAUCACAUUCCCUCAAGAAUCGUUUUGUCGGACAAAUUCUCCGCCAAGCUAAGUGAAAUCCUCCAGUCUCAGAUGCAAAAGUCCUAUCACGGAGCGGAAAUCGAAAGACCUCAGGUAAUUUUUUUUCAAUUCGUAAAGUAAAUUUUUUAAAUUUUUUCUUUACGUCGAGCUGAUUUGAUCUGCUUUGGCCGGGAUAUUUUUCUGUUUUGAUUCCACCCCCUCAGGGCAUAAUUCGUUUCGGCCGCUCUUUUCGGCCGAACAACUGUGGCCUGGAAGAGAUCCGGGUUCUUUGUUUAUUACGUAAUUCUUUUUAGUCGUAUCGAUUUCUAUACUCAUAUAUAUUUAUGUUAUGUGUAUUAUAUGCUUCCAGAUGUCAUGAUGACCUGAUUUAUGUCAUCAUGACACCAUUUAAUAUUUUUUUUAGAAUUGUGUAAAUAAUUCAAGUUAGUAGAAGAAUAUUGUUUCAGCUCCCUCGUCUGGGAUCUCUGCCCCCUCCGAUCUUGUUGAUUACCUCCCCCAGUGCCCCUGCCAGCCCUGUGUCACCAAUUUUGUCACGGCCUUUCAAUCUCUUCAAGAUGUCCAAUCAAAUUUCGGAUGAGGAAUGUAGUGGAGAGAGUGAUUACGAAUAUGAAGGUCAGCUCAAAAUAAUCUUGAUAUCUUAUAUUAUGUUUGUAAUCUUUUGGGAAGAUGACUUCCAAAAACGUAAUUCUCCUUUGUUUAUAAGACAUGUUUGCCCAAAAGAAGAAGAAAAAACGACGAUUUUUAUUUACUUUUCCAUAACUUAGAGUACGACGAAUGGGAGACCGAGGACGAUGAAGAAGAAGAUGGCCAGGCCAAUGCUUCCAUCACAAUUACACUCGGAGAUGAGGCCAUGGGUCAGUUUUUUGCUCCAAUUUGUCAAUGAGAGCUGAUAGUGGUCCUUUCUCUCCCUAAACAACUCUUUAUCCGGCUUGAUUAAUGUCCCCAAACCCGGGCGAUUGGCCUUUUCUUAUACGAAACCCAUCUGGUCGUUAUUAUAUUGUUCCAGAUCCCAAUUCCCUGCAUCCCAAGGACACUCGGAGUCUUCGAUCGACUUCGCCCGAGGACUUUGACAUUACGUUGCCUCCGGUGGAAAAGAAAGAGCCCCGAAGGAGAAUGUCGACUCUGCCGCCCCCUCCAAUCUUCACGGCGUCUGUGACUUGUGAUGGCAUGAAUUGGGAAAAGGACGGAUCUGAAGUUUCUGAUGAGGGUAAGGGUAUUGUAAAAUACGAUUACUUUAAUAUUAGGUUACUGUAACUUAGAUAUUCUUUUGAACUUUUUCAUAAAAUUUCCUGAAUAUCUAACAAUGGGAAGGCUCUUAAUAACAGGACUAAUCAGAUAUACAGGGCUCUUUUAGACUACUACGCCUCGGCAGCCAGCCGAAUGGAAAACCCGUCCAGUCUGGGCGUCUAUCUCACUCCGGAACCUUAUUCAUUGUCCAGUGAUGGAGAAUAUGAUGGGAAUGUGGACGUGGGAUGUGUUCUCACACUGGUCGACCGGGCAGCCAUGGCUGAUUCCGAGGAAUGCAGUGGUGAAUCUGAUUAUACGGUAAGUUGAAGUUUACUGUAGCAUGAUUACAUUAAUUUUUCUUCAAUUUACAGUAUGAAGACGAAGAAAUUUGGACAGAAGAAGAGUGCAGUGAAGAGGAAAGUGAGCAAAUAAGUGAUGAGGUAACGGGGGACCUUGUUUCUGAUUCCUAUUUUAGGAAGAAGUCGACGCAACUUUCGUUAUUCCAUUGCCGGUUGAAGAAAAAGAGCCAAGUGUUAUCGAGUAAGAGAUUACUUUACUUUUAAGAUUUAAUUCUAUUGUAGGCUUGAACGAAGGGAAGUUAAGAAGCAGAGCGAAGUUCAAGUAAGUACAUACCAUCAUGUCGGUAAUUUCGUAUUACUUUAGUUACCGGAUAAAAGUUCGAUCAGAAAAGCGCCCGAAAAUAUGACGCCGGAAGAACAACAGAGGGUAGAGAAGGAGAAGAAGGUCAGAUUACAAUGAUUUAUUAAUCGUAUUUUAGGAUCUGGAAAGACUGAACAGGUCCUCGAAUAAGAUAAGCUCGAUUAGAGACAGGUUCAAGGAAAUAACACCACCAAAGGAGGAAAAGAUUACUUAUAAAAGAAGUAGUCGGCUGGAAAUGAGGGAAGAGAUCAGACCCAAGAAGACCUACAAGGUUAUCAAGCCAGUCAUCAACGACGAAUUCGACAGACAGGUGGGUUAAAAAGUAGUCAAAACUUUUCUAAAAAGUAGUAAUAAUGGUCUCAUAACCAUUAAAAUGAACUUUAUAUCACUAUGGCCGAUAAAAAAGGGAUUUCAGAUAUGAUUUGAGGUUUGGCAAUGGGUUUAGAAACGGGCCUAUAUUAUACUUGGGUUAAAAACGUAUCAAAAUUGUUAAAUUUGAAUAAUUUCAGAUGGCCGAGCUCCGAGAACAGAUGAAAAACAAAGAAACGAAGCUCCGCGGAGAGUUCAAGGACCUGAGUCAAGGCAUCAACACCCGUCAACACGACCUCAACCUCAAACUGAAGGAGGAGAAACACAAAGAAGUCAUCGAAAAGGCUUCCGAAUCCUUUAAAUCAGCCGAAGAUCAGAAGAAAAAAUGGAUCCAACAGUUUAAAACUGGAACCGACAAGUCGGAAAUUACGAAAACGGUAAGAAAUGGGGGAAACGGGAGUUAUUACAAAGACGAGAUCAAAUAUUAUAAUUGUGUCGCAAAAGAAGGCCCUAAAUUGCGUAUUUCAGGUUAUUUCGGGAGAAAAAGAAGUCGUCAUUGAGCCGGAGCCCAGGAAAUUCACGAAGAGGGUCAGGAAACCAAAGACGGAUGAAGGCGACAAACCCAUUCGUAAGCAUGAUUGGUGUAUUCCACAGUAAUCUGAUCUCGUUUUAGCUCCCACUCCCGCAGAACCCAUGACUGAUAAGAGAUCAGAGCUCUCGGUGGCCCAGAAAAAAGUAAGUACUACAUGUUUAACCUUCUUGUUUACUUCUUCUUGUUUGUUUAACAGUUUCCGAACACCAAAUUCCUCGGAUUUCCUGGAUUUUGAGGCGUUGUUCAGUUAAAUUCAUUUAAAUUUAGCCAUGGGUAAAGCAAGAGUUGACCUUUCUCGUCCAAAUUCAGUUAUUUUCCACUAUUUUGACUCCAAUCUUAAGGCUUACAAAACAAAUGUAAGUAAAAAUAGGAGAGAGUUAAAGGAGGUUGUGUUUUAUUUAGGGUUGUUAAUUUGACAGAAUUUUUCAAAAUGACGCCAAAUUGCCGGCAAUUUCGUUAUUUUGGUUGAAUUGAAAAUUAUGAUAUACAAAGCUUUCAAACGCGACUUUAACAUAGACUGUGAUGAAGCAGCCUAUUUAUUUUACUGCUUAUUUCAUCGGUCGUUUUGAGAAAUUUAGAAAGAGCAAGAGCAAUUAAAGAAAGCAACUCCUAAAAAUUUUUAAUUCAUGCGAUUUUUUAUCAAAAAUUUACCGAAAAAGUUCAAUUCGACAAUCUAAAUGACAAAACAAUUCGGCAUGACGAAAAUGACGGCAAUUUGACAAAGUGACUGACGCAUCAAGUUGACAACUUAAAAACCAAAAUUUUAUUCUUUUAAGAAAUUUUAUUUUCAGAUCUUGCUGGAGAACAAGAACGAUAAUGUAAUUGUAAUUCCCACAAAAGAACGACGAAAAUCAAUUCCGAAUUCGAGGAGAAAGACUCGAGAACUGAUUAACCUGGCUGGAGAGGACGAGAAUGGAAAUAAAAUUGUGAAAGCCAAAAAAGUAAUAUUAUUUGAAUAAUAUAAGCAAAUAUUUAGUCGAGAAAACGACGCCAUCAGAUCCCCAAGAACAGAUUUACACGGAAACCCUUUGAUAUCGACGAUUUCUUGGGGUUGGCGGCAUUCAGCGAUGACUUUGACAAGGUAAGCAAGAAAUUUUAAGUUACGGGGCUCAAAAAAAAUAGCACCCAACCUAAAUAUAUUAUAAUGGCCAACCACUCGAACAGUGAACGUCAAAAAAUUCCUUCAGACUGUGUACUAGUACCCAGCCUUAUUACACUAGUACCCUCCCCCCGGUCAAGUAGUUUUGUGUCCCAGGUUAAUGACACCACAGACCUGCCUUGUCAAAACUCCUACGUGGGGUACUAUAAUAUAAUCAGUGGUACUGCUCUACGACGCCUGGGAUACUAUUCUACCUUUGUGCACUUGUAUCGGGCAUGUCUGAUACAAUGAUAUUUUGGUUUCUGAAGGGUGAAUCACCCCAAAAACGGAGCAUGAAAAAAUUGGAAUUCCAUAUUUUAGAUGGACGAGCACUUCUCGUUGGAUGUGAGUAUCUCCGGGAAAUUCGAUUUGGACAAGAAACGAAAGAUCGGGCCACAAAAAGUUUGGAUUAGUCAGCUGAUGGAUAUAGAUAAACUGUACAGACCUGCCGAGAUCCGGGAUAUCAAAUUGGAUGCAUUCGCUUGA